AUGCCGGCCAGCAAAGUUGAGAAGGCCGCGGACAAGGGCAAAAAGGCCUCUCUGCCACCUCUGAAAGUGAGCGGCUGCUCUGAUGCGACGAUUAGCGGCAUCAUUGCUGGGGAAUAUGUACCAGACACCCAAAACCACGGAAAGGUGGUAUAUAAACGCAAGGAGAAGUCGCAAGGCUUAGACGUGCUGAUCUAUUUCUGGGAUGAGAGAGAUGGCCCUGAGCUCUGCGGAUGGUGGUUAGGCCCCAAGGUGGGUGGUGAUCAAGUCUGGGCCUACCAUCCCAGCUGUACGGCGGGCACGCCUCCAGCAUCUCAGUGGAAUGUGCCACACGAUGGUCCCAUCGAUCAGAACUUCAGCAUCUCUGCCAUUCGCGGAGCGGCUGCGGUGAAGCGACCCUCCUCAGCGAAGCCCGAGGCGCGUGAGCCCGAGGCGCGUGCUUCGAAGAAGCCAAGGAGUGAGGCCGUCAAAACAACACCGCCGAAGCCGGCCAAGACAAGUGCGUCUCGAAAGCCAGCCAAGAAGCAGGUCGAAUCUUCAAGUGAAGAGGAAGAGGAGGAGGACAAGGAAGAUGAGGAAGAUGAGGACGAGGAGAAGGAAGAGAAGGACAAGGACGAGGAAAAAGAAGAUGACGAUGACGAGGAAGAGGAGGAGGAAGAAGAUGAAAAGCCAAAGAAGUCCUCAGCCAAAAAGGAGGAGGAGGAUGAAGACGAUGAUGAAGACGAAGAUGAGGAUGCUGAGGAUGAGGAUGACGCGAGCGAAGAGAAGGUUGAGACGAAGAAAUCCAAGACGGAAGGAAAGCGGCCCACCUCCGAUUCGGCUGGAAGCUAUUUCGUCACCGCCUACAACAAGCGACGGGAGGAGAGAGCCAAAGCUGAAGAGGAACGGAAGAAGGCCUCAGCCUCCAAGGGAUCCAGUCGAUUGGCCAAUGGCACCACAGCCGGUGAGAAGUCGAAAGACGAUGAAGCUGAUGAAGAGGAGGUGCGAAUGCUUGAGGAGCUGCGAAAACGUGCAGAAGAGCGGCGCAAGAAGAUGGAGGAUCUUAAGAAGAAGGAGCAACUCAAGAGCAAAAAGUCAACCCCAAAGGAGGAAAAGAGAGAGGCCAAGGAGGCCCCACCGACUGAACAUGGAGCCGAGAGAUUUCACCCAUGUUCACCAUAG